AUGCCGAAGUCGCCCGUGCGUCGAGUGCACCUCGUUUUUGAUUGUCCUCCUGCCUCCCGCCACCACCUCCCUCCAUCCCCUUGCUAUCUAGAGACCAUGCGUGAGAUUGUCCACCUCCAGACCGGCCAGUGCGGCAACCAAAUCGGUGUCAAGUUCUGGGAGGUUGUCUCGGACGAGCAUGGGCUCGACAACGACGGAAACUACAAGGGCAACAAUGACCUCCAGCUCGAGCGUAUCUCUGUCUACUACAACGAGGCCGGCACGAACAAGUAUGUUCCUCGCGCGGUUCUCGUCGAUCUCGAGCCCGGCACCAUGGAUGCUGUCCGCUCUGGCCCUCUCGGCAACUUGUUCCGCCCGGACAACUUCGUGUUCGGCCAGAACGGUGCCGGUAACAACUGGGCGAAAGGACAUUACACCGAGGGUGCCGAGCUCGUUGACUCUGUUCUCGAUGUCGUUCGCAAGGAGGCCGAGGGUACGGAUGCGCUCCAGGGCUUCCAGAUCACCCACUCGCUUGGUGGUGGUACCGGUGCCGGUAUGGGUACCCUCCUCAUCUCCAAGAUCCGUGAGGAGUACCCCGACCGUAUGAUGUGCACGUACUCCGUCGUGCCCUCGCCGAAGGUGUCCGACACUGUCGUUGAGCCGUACAACGCCACGCUCUCCGUUCACCAGCUCGUCGAGAACUCCGACGAGACUUUCUGCAUUGACAACGAGGCCCUUUACGACAUUCACUUCCGCACGCUCAAGAUCGCCAACCCGCACUACAACGACUUGAACCACCUUGUCUCGAUCGUCAUGUCCGGUCUUACGACUUGCCUGCGCUUCCCUGGUCAGCUCAACUCUGACCUCCGCAAGCUCGCCGUCAACAUGGUUCCCUUCCCGCGUCUGCACUUCUUCUUGACCGGUUUCGCGCCCUUGACCGCCCGCGGUUCGCAGCAGUACCGCGCCGUCUCCGUACCGGAGUUGACCCAGCAGAUGUUCGACGCGAAGAACAUGAUGGCUGCUUCCGACCCGAGGCACGGUCGCUACCUCACCGUCGCCGCCAUCUUCCGUGGCAAGGUCUCGAUGAAGGAGGUCGAGGAGCAGAUGCAGAACGUCCAGAACAAGAACUCUGCUUACUUCGUCGAGUGGAUCCCCAACAACGUUCUCACCGCGCAGUGUGACAUCCCUCCCCGCGGUCUCCGCAUGGCUGUCACUUUCCUCGGCAACAGCACUGCGAUCCAGGAGCUCUUCCGCCGCGUUAGCGACCAGUUCACUGCCAUGUUCAAGCGCAAGGCCUUCUUGCAUUGGUACACCCAGGAGGGUAUGGACGAGAUGGAGUUCACUGAGGCAGAGUCGAACAUGCAGGACUUGGUUGCCGAGUACCAGCAGUACCAGGAUGCGACGGCCGAGGAGGAGGGUGAGUACGAGGAGGAGGUCGUCCAGGAGGAGGAGUAA